CUGUGCGCUUCAUGGCCGCUGACACUACGCUGUCCUACUCUUUCGCUCGGCCCUAGAAAGUUUCGUUUCUGCCCGGCGGUGGACCUACGAGCGUGUAGCAACUCGGUGGUCAUCACAGAGAGUCUGUCACUCACUCCUUUCAGCAUAAAGAAGCAAAUUGUCCCUAUGUGAGUUCCAUCAUGUUUUAAAAAAUUAUCACACUACUACUUUAAGGGGAGAUAUAAUUCACAGUUAGGUGCCAGCAUGGAGUCUGACCACUGCUGACUGAAGUGACACAUCCAAGAAAGGGGGACACUAUGGCUUCUAGCAGUGCUGAGACCCAGCUCCAGAGGAUCAUCCGUGAUCUUCAAGAUGCAGUGACAGAACUAAGCAAUGAAUUUAAAGAAGGAGGAGAACCGAUCACAGAUGACAGCACCAGCUUGCACAAGUUUUCCUACAAACUUGAGUAUCUUCUGCAAUUUGAUCAGAAGGAGAAGGCUAGCCUCCUGGGUAGCAAGAAGGACUACUGGGAUUACUUCUGUGCCUGCCUAGCCAAGGUGAAGGGAGCAAAUGAUGGGAUCCGAUUUGUCAAGUCCAUCUCUGAGCUCCGAACAUCUCUGGGAAAAGGCAGAGCUUUCAUUCGCUACUCUUUGGUGCACCAGAGGUUGGCAGACACUUUGCAGCAGUGCUUCAUGAACGCUAAAGUGACCAGUGACUGGUAUUAUGCAAGAAGCCCCUUUCUGAAGCCAAAGAUGAGCUCUGACAUUGUGGGCCAACUGUAUGAGCUGACUGAGGUUCAGUUUGAUCUAGCAUCAAGGGGCUACGACCUGGAUGCCGCCUGGCCGACAUUUGCUAGGAGGACGCUGGCCACCAGCUCUUCUGCUUACCUGUGGAAACCUCCCAGCCGAAGUUCCAGCAUGAGCAGUUUAGUGAGCAACUAUUUGCAGACUCAGGAGAUGGCCUCCAGUUUUGACCUAAACAGCCCUCUAAACAAUGAAGCACUAGAAGGUUUUGAUGAGAUGCGACUGGAGCUCGACCAGUUGGAGGUUCGGGAGAAACAGCUACAAGAACAUGUACAGCAACUAGACAGGGAGAACCAAGCACUUCGAGUGAUGAUCAGUAGGCAAGGGGAGCAGCUUCAGGCAGAGAAGGAGAGGGGAUACCCUACAGUGGAGGAUAACACUGGCCUCAAGGGCCUAGUGGCAGAGCUCCAGAAGCAGGGGGAGAUCACCCAAGCCACAGUGAAGAAGCUUCAGACAUGUCUGCAGGCCUUGGAGCUGAAUGUAGACAAGAAAGAAAAUAGUCACUCAACCCUGCAGCUUGAGACCAUGGCACAGGAACUUGAGGCUGUGAGAGACUCCCUGGGUAGGAAAAAUCAGCUUCUAGCCAGCCUCUCAGAUUGCCUGGCCAGGGCAGAGAAGAAGGCAAAUUCAGCUCUGGACACAAAGUUUCAAGAGCCAGUUCCUGCAGACAUGGCCCUGAAGUUCCAGGAACUGAAGGGGAAACUUGAAGCCCUAGAAGGAGAGAACACCAAGGCCCAGGAACUAAACAAGCAGCAGAGUAUCAAACUAGAGCAGCUGGCCAAGGAACUUCAGCUAAAGGAGAAGGCCCGGGCUGACCUAGAGCACUUAGUGAAGGAUGUGACCCCACUUCAGAAAGAGCUAUCUGGGAAGAAGCAAGAGUCAGCUCAGCUCCAACAGCAGCUACAGGAAUCCCUGGCCCACUUGAGCUCUGUGGAGGAAGAGCUAGCAGAAGCCAGGCAGCAGGAAAAGCAGCAUCGAGAAGAAAAGCAGCUGCUGGAGCAGGAGGCCAAGUCUCUGACAUGGCAGCUGCAGCUCCUAGAGACCCAGUUAGCACAGGUGAGCCAGCUUGUGAGCGACCUGGAGGAACAGAAGAAGCAGCUUAUACAGGACAGAGAUCAUCUCAGCCAGAAAGUGAGCACACUAAAGCAGCAAGGUGAAGUGCAUGGGGCCAGCAAGAAUAGGGAGGCUCUGGCCUCCAUGAGCUCUGUCUCAUCACAGACUGGGGAGAUGCCAGAAGACGGGCAGCAACACCUCCAGAAAGAAGAGGUAAACGAUACCACAGUGCCAGAGGAAGACCAGAAGGAAUUGCGAAAGGUCAACCAGGAGCUACAGAAGGAGCUGCAGAACAUGGCCGUGCGCAACCAGCUCUUAGAGGGCAAACUUCUAGCCUUGCAAACUGAUUACACAGCGCUUCAGCAGCGAGAGGCAGCCAUCCAGGGCUCCUUAGCCUCUCUGGAGGCUGAGCAGGCCAGCAUCCGGCACCUAGGAGACCAGAUGGAAGCAAGUCUCUUGGCUGUGAGGAAAGCCAAAGAGACCAUGAGGGCCCAGGUGGCAGAGAAGGAAGCUGCCCUGCAGAGUAAGGAGGGUGAGUGCCGGCGGCUGCAGGAAGAGGCAGAUCAGUGCCGGCUUCGGACAGAGGCCCAGGAUCAGGAACUCAGGGCUCUUGAGAACCAGUGCCAGCAGCAGAUUCAGCUGAUUGAGGCCCUCUCUGCAGAAAAAGGCCACCAGGGACUCAGCCUACCCCAAAUCAACACAACCCAACUGGCCCUGUCUCAAGCACAGCUAGAAAUUCACCAGGGGGAAGCCCAGCGGUUACAGAAUGAGGUGGUGGACCUCCAGGCCAAGCUCCAGGUGGCCCUAGGUGACCGGGACAAGUUACAGAGCCAGCUGGCAGUGGCUGAGACAGUCCUGAGGGAGCACAAGACCCUGGUGCAACAACUGAAGGAGCAGAAUGAAGCCCUUAACAGGGCCCAUGUCCAGGAGCUGCUGCUGUGCUCAGAGCGAGAAGGGGUACUGCAGGAGGAGAGCCUCUAUAAGGCCCAGAAGCAGGAACAAGAGCUGCAAGCCCUGCAGGCAGAGCUGUCACUGGUGAGGUGCAGCUCUGAGGGAGCCCACCUGGAGCAGGCAGAGCUGCAGGACCAGCUACACCGAGCCAACACAGACACAGCUGAGCUUGGCAUCCAGGUCUGUGCCCUGACUGCCGAGAAGGAUCGGAUGGAGGGGGCCCUGGCCAGGUUGGCCCAGGAGCUCCAGGACUCCAAAGAGGCAGCACUGCGGGAACGAAAGGGCUUGGAGCUCCGAGUGAUGGGACUACAGCAAGAGAAGGAGGAGUUGCAGGAAAAACUAAAGGCAGCUGAGGAGGCAGCUAGUUCAUGCUCUGGUCUACAGUCACAACUGGCCCAGGCUGAGCAGCUGACCCAGAGCCUCCAAGAGGCUGCACACCAGGAACGAGAUACCCUCAAGUUCCAGCUAAGUGCUGAGAUCAUGGGCCACCAGAACAGACUGAAGACAGCCAAUGAAGAGUGUGAGAGCCUCAGGGCCCAGCUCGAAGAGCGGAGCCGGGAGCUGCAAGUGACUAAGGAGGCUGUGCACGAACUGAAGGUCACCAAGGCAGCCAUGGAGGAGAAACUGAACUGUACCAGCAGCCGUCUCGCAGAGUGCCAGGCCACUCUGCAGCACAAAGACAAAGAAAGCACGACUCUUCGAAAAAGCCUAGAAAGAACUCAGAAGGAACUUGAAAAGGCCACAUCAAAAAUCCAAGAAUAUUAUAACAAACUCUGCCAGGAGGUGACAAACAGGGAAAGGAAUGACCAGAAGAUGCAUGCAGACCUGGACGACCUGAACAGAACCAAGAAAUACCUUGAGGAACGGCUGAUAGAGCUGCUCAGGGACAAAGAUGCUCUCUGGCAAAAGUCUGAUGCACUGGAAUUCCAGCAAAAGCUCAGUGCUGAAGAGAAAUGUCUUGGGGACACGGAAGCCAGCACCUGCCAUGACUGCAAGCGGGAGUUCAGCUGGAUAGUGCGGCGGCAUCACUGCAGGAUAUGUGGCCAUGUCUUUUGUUACUACUGCUGUAACAACUAUGUUAUGACUAAGCCCAGUGGCAAGAAGGAACGCUGCUGCCGAGCCUGCUUCCAGAAGUUCAGUGAAAGCCCUGGAUCCCCUGAUAGCAGAGGCUCUAGCACUAGCCAGGGAGAGCCGAGCCCCAUGGUUUCACCAGCUAAAGCAGGCCCCCAGGCCAUAGGAAACCAAGGAGCAAACUCAGUCUGCAGACCACCAGACGAUGCUGUGUUUGACAUCAUCACUGAUGAGGAAUUGUGCCAGAUUCAAGAAUCUGGCUCCUCCUUGCCUGAAACACCCACUGAAACUGAUUCAUUGGACCCAAAUAUGGCUGAACAGGACACUACAUCAAACUCACUAACCCCUGAAGACACUGAAGACAUGCCAGUGGGGCAGGAUGCUGAAAUCUGCUUGCUGAAGUCUGGAGAGCUGAUGAUCAAAUUACCCCUCACAGUGGAGGAGAUCAUCAGCUUUGGGGAGGGUAACAGGGAGCUGUUUGUGAGGUCCAGUACCUACAGCCUGAUCCCUAUCACCGUAGCUGAGCCUGGCCUCACUAUCUGCUGGGUCUUCUCUUCUGACCCCAAGAGCAUCUCCUUCAGUGUGGUCUUCCAAGAGACAGAAGACACACCACUUGACCAGUGCAAGGUCCUCAUUCCCACCACCCGAUGCAAUUCCCACAAGGAGAGUAUCCGGGGCCAGCUGAAGGUCCGAACCCCUGGUAUCUACUUGCUUAUCUUUGACAACACCUUUUCCAGAUUUAUCUCCAAAAAAGUAUUUUACCAUCUGACUGUUGACCGGCCUGUGAUCUACGAUGGAAGCGAUUUCCCAUAGCAUCAGUACCUGAACUUUAAAGCUCUUUAUCAUCCAUAGGAAACACUACUCCUCCUCACCCAUCUCUUUAAACAUAUAUACCCACACUCACUCACAAAAUUUUAAAAAUUAGAAACAAAGGAAAUGCAAUCAGCUGUACCCCAGCUCACCAGCUCUGCAGCUCGGGCAGAGCCUUGAACUGCACCUUAGAAACUACUCUGCCAAGAUUCACAAUGUGCUUGGUUACGUGAGGCUGUAACUGUCAGUUCCCAGGGCUCCUAAGGACCAGAUGUGAGACUCAGUUAUCUUCUCACCCAAAGGGACACUUUGCCAAAUGUUUGUACUCUAGAAACACCAUUGGCCUCACCUGGGAUCAUAGUUGGUAACAGUCUGCUGUGGUAUUUUUCAGGCAAAGGAUUCCCUUUGUGAAUCCUUGUGUAGUCCCAGGAGAAGGAGACCACAGGGCCAUCACGUGGGAGAUGAACCUAUCUCUUAAUUUAUCCAUAAGAAGGGGCUGCUUUCUCAUUCUCAGCAAUUUGGGGGCGGGUGCUGAACUGUGCUGUCCUUCAGAGCCCUUGUCUAUUCAGGGCCUUUGCUCAGCCUGGCCACUCAGCAACUCUAAAUCACACAUAUCACAUGCACACGCACAUGCACACUCACACACACACACACACACACACACACACACAAGAACCAACCAGAGGUCUAGGAAAGAGCAGCCACUACCUGAAGGCUUCAGCUCUGCAUAUGGAUGGCAGGAGUAGAAAUACAGUGGACUCAGGUUGGCCUCAGAGCUCAUGUGUCAGCCCAUAGCCCGUCUUUGUAAACACCAGAGCUUCUGUCUCAUUUGCAGACGGUUGUUUACUCAUGAGUAGAGUCAGUUGAGAACCACUUUCAAUACCUGGAACCUUUCUAAAAUGUCUUUGGUGACGAAGAAGCAAUGUAGCAGAAGAGCAGGGCAUAACUUCCUUUGGGCCUCCAUCUGCCCGCCACCCCUCUUGCUCAUCAGCUCAUAUCUGAUACUGCAGACAGCCUACUGUUUCCUUUUCUAGGACAGAUAGCUUAGAGAAACAUCCUUGAGAUCCUGGGUCAUUCUUUUUCUAAGGACAGCUCCUCCUGUAAUGACUCAGCUAUGUUAUGAGGAAUCAUAACAGCCAUGUUAGUAGUGUUGCCAGCUGCCUGUUUACCAGUGACACUGAAGCCACUACUUGACUUCACCCAAGAAAUAAACCAGCUACCGAGACACAGGGAAGUAUGUCUGAGGCAGAGAUGGGGCCCUCCGUGUCUCAGUAGACUCGGAGAGCAUUGCUGACUACAUACCUUAGAUUCCAGCUAGCCCUGGCAAAGAAGGCAAAGGAAUUCUCAAGCAGAAAUCUGGAACUGAAAAUCUCCAUACGGUUUGGGAAGUGGAAACGAAGAGCCAUAUAUAAAUAAAGAUGUUAUUUCUGAACAGGUUCAGUUGUCCGCCAAGUAUCAAGCCACUCCUGGCCAAAAAAGAAAUCUUGCCCUAGUUUGAUAUUCAUGGAGUUUUGUUUUUAAACUCAGACUCCGUGGUUCUACCUGUGAGAAUCCUUUAUACUCAGAGAACAUUCUUGGCUCAGAGGUUUUGGAAAAGGAGGCAGAGAGGAGCCAUCUUUGGUGCUCAGAACCAGGGAAUGCAAUAUGAAGACCAUUGAGUGCUGCUCACAUUCACAGAAACGAACACUACUUGGUAGAAACUUAGCACAAUUUCCUCAUCUCACCUAAUUUCUUCCAACGAAACAAGAAAGUUAAUUCAAAAUUUCCUUUUCCCUCUCAAACACCUUUUAAAUUUCAGGAGAUCUCUCUGAUCAAGGGGUAUUUUUAGACCCUUUUGACGUAUGUUUAAUCUAGAUGCCCUGCUUUUGGUGGCUGCGGUGCCACUGAGUCUCUGUGGGAAGGCGUGACGAUUGGAAUGCACUUUAAUUCAUUAAUCCUCAUUUUGUGUGGCCUUAUGAGAUAAUGGGUCAGGGAACCCAUUUCAUUCUUAUCUGCCAAAGAGUUACUCAGAAGCACAUCAAACACCAGCACUUGAUCUCCACAGGGGAUGAAACUUUGGUAUCACUGAAUAGUCUCCUUUAACAGUGUCUGCUGUGCCAUUUGGAAAUGUUUUUUAACCUCAGGUUUCAAAUAAAGCAAACACUGUGGCAUUUG